UCGUCUAGCGCACACUGAGUGUAUUCACCUUUUGCUUCCAUCUGAUCACGCCAUAAGACAAUUUACCUGUAACGUGUCGUGACAUGUAGACAUGGUGUGGCCGUUUAUGGAUCAUCCCUAUGAAGAAACAAGGUUACAAUGGGACAGAGUACCUCGGAACAAGAGGUCCAAACAGAUGGCCCCGAGGUCAAGUUUGAUGACAUCAAGACAUUUGUGGAGGAGGAACUUCAGACCAGCAUGAUGAUGGGGAUUUUAAUUGGUGCUGGUGUCGCCAUAGUCCUCAUUGCCAUUCUCAUCUUCUUCGUCCUGCGACGGAUCCAACUUCGAAAGCUAGAAGCACAGGAGGCUCCCAAGUACCGCUUUCGUAAGAGGGACAAAGUCAUGUUCUACGGGCGAAAGAUCAUGCGUAAAGUCUCCCAGUCUACCUCUUCCCUGGUGGGUACAUCCUCCUCUUCAAGGCCACGCCUGAAAAAGAAGCAGAAGAUGCUCAACAUUGCCAAAAAGAUUCUGCGCUUUAAGAAGGAAGUGCCUACUCUGCAGGCUAAAGAACCCCCUCCCUCUGUACUGGAGGCAGACCUUACAGAGUUUGAUGUGGCCAACUCUCACCUUCCAUCUGAGGUGCUCUACAUGCUCAAAAAUGUCCGAGUGCUGGGUCACUUUGAGAAGCCCCUCUUCCUGGAGUUGUGCAAGCACAUGGUGUUUGUGCAGUUCCAACAAGGGGAGUACGUCUUCAGGCCAGGUCUGCCGGACAGCAGCAUCUACGUAGUUCAAGAUGGAAAACUAGAAUUGUGCCUUACAGGAGCGGAUGGCAAAGAAAGUGUGGUGAAGGAGGUUUUCCCAGGAGACAGUGUCCACAGCCUCCUCAGCAUCCUGGAUGUCAUCACAGGCCACCAGAAGCCUUAUAGAACAGUGUCAGCACGAGCUGCUGAGGUUUCUACUGUUCUGCGUUUGCCAGUAGAGGCCUUCCUCUCUAUAUUUGAAAAGUACCCUGAGAGCCUGGUGCGGGUAGUACAGAUUAUUAUGGUUCGUCUCCAAAGAGUAACAGUGUUAGCCCUGCAUAACUACCUGGGCCUUACAAAUGAGCUCUUCAGUCAUGAAUUGCAUCCCUCACGUCAGCCGCCUCCUUCUCCCCACCCAACGCGCACCAGUCCCACCCGCCACGGCAAGCGCUUUGGCAGCCUGACAGUGCCUGAGGAGCAUCGAGAAGCUGCCAUAAAAGGUGAUAUGGCAGGAGAUCAAGGGAAAGAUGGAGCAACUCUCAGUAGGACCAUCUCCAUGCCUGUGGAUAUUGCUGGUAUGCAGAAAAGUCUGAAAUCAGACUUCGACAUGGCAUAUGAAAGGGGACGGAUCUCUGUUUCUGCAGAAGACGGCAGCACUCCACCUAACUUUACUCGGUCUGUUUCCCAGGAUCAAAGGGAGCGGAAGGUGACAGUGGAUGAGGUUCCCUCAGGGAUUUACCUGUAUCCAGAGGAAGAGGCGGGAGUGGAUAAUAUUUUCACAACUGUAUCCUGUCGCUCUAGUUCAGCAUUGUUUGAGGAAGCUCAGAAAGAGGUCCUAAAGCUCAUGAAAAUUGAGGACCCUUCUCUAUUAAAUGGAAGAGUUACUUUACAUCAUGCCAAAGCUGGGGCAGUCCUGGCAAGGCAAGGAGACCAGGACGUGAGUCUGCACUUUGUGCUGUCGGGUUGCCUGCAUGUGUACCAGCGGAUGAUAAACAAGCAAGAAGCCGUUUGCCUGUUUGUGACCCACCCGGGGGAGAUGGUGGGACAGCUCGCUGUGCUCACAGGAGAACCCCUCAUUUUCACCAUCAAGGCCAUACGAGACUGCACUUACCUCAAGAUAUCAAAAUCUGAUUUCUAUGAGAUUAUGAGAGAACAGCCCAGCGUGGUGUUGAGUGCAGCUCACACUGUGGCCAUCAGGAUGUCACCAUUUGUUCGGCAGAUGGACUUUGCUAUUGACUGGAUGGCUGUAGAGGCGGGUAGAGCCCUGUACAGACAAGAUGACCAGUCAGACUGCACCUACAUUGUCCUGAACGGACGUCUGCGCUCAGUCAUUCGCAAGGCCAAUGGGAAGAAAGAACUCGUCGGGGAAUAUGGACGAGGCGACCUCAUUGGAGUGGUGGAGGCACUGACCAAACAGCCGAGAGCCACCACUGUGCAUGCUGUAAGAGACACUGAACUGGUGAAGUUGCCUGAGGGGACACUCAACAACAUCAAGAGAAGAUAUCCUCAGGUGGUGACGAGGUUGAUCCACUUAUUGGGCCAGAAAAUUCUGGGGAACCUCCAGCAGGGUCGAGGGCCAUUCUCAGGUUCAACUCUCAGUCUCCCGAAUAUGACCACCAGUGCUGAUGUAACAAACCCCGCCAGCAACCUCUCUACUGUGGCUGUGUUACCUGUGUGUGAUGAGGUGCCAAUCAAUGCAUUCAACCUGGAGCUCAGCCAUGCACUCAGUGCCAUUGGGCCCACACUGUUACUGACCAGUGACAUCAUCAGAGAGCGACUUGGUGCAUCUGCUUUGGACAGCAUCCAUGAGUACCGUCUGUCAGGCUGGUUGGCUCAGCAAGAGGACAUAAAUCGAAUAGUCUUGUACCAGACUGACAACAGCAUGACUCCAUGGACUCAGCGUUGUAUUCGUCAGGCAGAUUGCAUUCUUAUCGUUGGCCUGGGAGACCAGGAACCUACCUUGGGAGAGUUGGAGCAGAUGCUGGAGAACACAGCAGUCCGGGCACUGAAACAGCUGAUCCUUCUACACAAAGAGGAUGGUCCAGGCCCUUCCAGGACUGUAGAGUGGCUCAACAUGCGUAGCUGGUGCUCAGGGCAUCUCCACCUAAAGUGUCCUCGCAGGGUCUUCUCCAGACGUAGCCCCAGCAAACUGAGGGAAGUUUAUGAAAAGGUUUUUGAGAAAACCGCGGAUAGGCACAGUGACUUCUCUCGGCUGGCGCGAGUGCUGACUGGAAACAGUAUCGCUCUGGUGUUGGGAGGAGGUGGCGCGAGAGGUUGUUCUCAUGUGGGUGUAAUUAAGGCUAUGGAGGAAGCGGGGAUUCCCAUUGACAUUGUAGGCGGAACCUCCAUUGGUUCAUUCAUUGGGGCACUGUAUGCUGAAGAGAGAAGUGCCGUCAGAACCAAGCAGAGAGCCAGAGAGUGGUCCAAGGCAAUGAACUCCGUAUUCAAAACUGUCCUUGACCUGACCUAUCCCAUCACCUCCAUGUUCUCUGGUUCUGCCUUCAACACAAGCAUCUACAAAGUGUUUCAGGACAAACAAGCUGAGGACCUGUGGUUGCCGUACUUCAACGUCACUACUGACAUCACAGCGUCAGCCAUGCGCGUUCACCAGGAUGGCUCUCUAUGGCGCUAUGUGCGGGCGAGCAUGACCCUAUCCGGGUACCUGCCGCCUCUCUGCGACCCUAAAGAUGGGAACUUGCUUAUGGAUGGUGGCUACAUCAACAACCUGCCAGCGGACAUUGCAAGGAACAUGGGCGCCAAAACGGUCAUUGCCAUUGACGUGGGCAGCCAGGAUGAAACAGACCUCUGUAACUAUGGCGACUGCCUGUCUGGCUGGUGGUUGCUGUGGAAACGAAUCAAUCCCUGGGCUGAAAAAGUCAAGGUGCCAGAUAUGGCGGAGAUCCAGUCUCGACUGGCUUACGUGUCUUGCGUGCGGCAAUUAGAGGUGGUCAAGAAGAGUGCUUAUUGCGAGUACAUUCGACCACCCAUUGAUCGUUUCAAGACCAUGGACUUCGGCAAGUUUGACGAAAUUUAUGAUGUGGGCUUCCAGCACGGCAAGCUUUUGUUCACUGGCUGGGCUCGAGGUGACAUCAUCGAUAACAUGCUGAAGGACCACAGAUCAGCUGACUACAACGACAGCAAAAGAGUUGAUUCAUGCACAUGUCAAGGAGCUGAUUUCACCGACCUUGCAGAGAUUGUAUCCAGGAUAGAGCCAGUCCAAAACUACGUUUCUGCUGAGGGUGAAGCGGAAGAGUCAGACUGUCUGACGGAGUACGAAGAGGACGGGAUGGACACUGUGAGAGAGGAGGAAGGACAGGAGGAGGAAGAAGAGCCAGAGGACCCAGAUGACCCAGACGACCAUUCCCCUGGAGAGUGGGGGCAGAAUGGAGUCUUCCAGACUGAUGAGGAGAAAUCUGUGAGGCAACGUCGAAAGCUCACCAGUGACACUUCUGAAGUCUCUGACUGCUGACAGCAAGAUUUUCAAGUGGAUCAUUAAGGGCCCAAAAAAAAGAACAACAUGGACAACAUGUUCCAUUCCAGAUGUUUCUGGAAAUGCUGUUUUUUUAAAAAAAAAAAUUGAAUCCAUCAUCUAAGCUGUCUCAACAUCUGUGAGUAAACAGGAAGUGGCUUUCUUUCCCACACGGUGGAUUCCCAUCCUGUGCCCUCUCACCUCAUUUACUCAUCAGAGGAGGAACUUGCACGCCACUGCAGUUUUUUGGCUUUGCAGACACUUCAAUGCAUGCCUCCUAAGAAACACUGUGUGCGUGUGUGUAUGUGUGUAUGUGUGCGUGCCUCUAUAAUGACUGAAUGUUGAAAUAUAGCAGCCAGGACACUGCAAGAUUGAGGAUUAAGGAGGAAUGAAUGCUAAUGGAAGGCACAUCAAGAAGUCGUUUUGGAAAUCAGGAUGACUCAUCAAAAUGCGGAGCUAUUAGACGUUGGGAAAGGGACUUUAGAAUGUUUUAAAAUGAGUUAAAAGAGAGGAAAUGGACCAGGAAGUUGUCAUUUUAAUUUAAUUUAAUUCAAAGUAACGCACAAUAGCAGAUUGUGAUACUGUAGGGAGUCAGUAAUGAUAGGCAGACGGAGUGAAUGUGGGAUGGACUUUUGGAAAGAAUGAGCUGGUUCUAUGUGAUCCAUGUUGGUGUCAAACUGUGGCCAGUGUUUGAUUCCAUCCCCCUUUGCUACACUGAAGGGCCGGUACACAGGGUUUCCUGACGGUACAAGAAGAUGAGAAAGAUUCCUUCACAUGGAGAUGCUCAUGUUCUUAACAUACUGUACAGUAUCACAGCCACAUGUUAACGUUAUGAACUCACAGACUCACAAACACCCUGAGUAAAAGUCACUUUAUGUACCCGAAUGAAUAUAUGGACCUUUUUAUACGACGUGGUACACAACUAAGGAAUCUUCAUCGAAAACAAAAGUGGUCUUUAACUUUAAUUGUACUGUUUUCUUUUUUUUUUUUUUUUUGCCAGGUCUUACAUUUUUCACUACUUAUAUUUUUUAUUAAUUUUUAUGUGCAUGUAUAUUUUCUUAAUUUGUGGUGUUUAUUUUUGUUUAUUUUACUUAAAUCUGGUCUGUACGGGAAUAUUGCAAGUACUACUUGCUCAUAAAAAGCUAAUUUAUAAUGAAAGAACACAAUAAGAUCAUUAAUUUAAUAUGCACACUAAUAAAUAUAUGCAUCAUGCCACAAUGAA